AUGGAGGAGAGCAACCAGGACGAAAUUAUCGGAACUGAUGUGAUUCAGAAUGAGCACGACGAUGAGCAGAAAGUCAGUUUUUAUGUUUUUCCACCGUUUUUGCAUUCAUGAGAAUGAAAAGAAAUCGUUGCAAUUUUAGACGGCAGAACCUGCAGCUGAGGCAGUCCCCGAGAGAGCUCCGUCUGCGCCGAAAAGGAUCGAAAUCCUGGACUGCAGUUCCCUGAACGCCCUAAUGUACCACUACUUUGCAAUUGGCGAUUACAUCGAAUGCAAGUCGAUGAUCGGAGAAAUCCAAAGUAAAUAUCUGGAGAAGAACGAGGCGGCGUUCCACGUGAGAGGGCUCAUUGCUCGGAACGAAGGAGAACUCGAGGAGGCGAUGAAGUGCUUCCAGAAGGCGUACGAAAUAUCCGGCAGGAACGGAAGGUACAUCUGAAGACGGGGGAAAAGAGGAAGUGCUGGAUAGAGUUCAGGUAUUAUUACGAGAUCGGACGGUGCAAUUUCCUGCUCGGACGGCACCAAAUCGCCGUGGAGCAACUGACGAAAGCAAGUGAGGUGAUGAAGGAGAACCCGAAAGUGUGGUAUUGGCUCGCGAGAGCAAUCUACCAUUUCCCGGCCGAGAAAAUGCAGGGAAAGACGUUCAAUCCGGUGGAAGCGGCACGGACUGUACUCAUGAGGUAAUUUGAACAUAUUUGGACUGCGAAAGAUAGUACUUUUCAGACCGGACAUCGGAAAGGAUGCCACGUUGGUCAGCUUCUUGGGACGGCUUUGCGAAGAGUUGGGAGACUCCGAAUCGGCCAUCGCAGCCUAUCAGUCGGCGUUGAAAUUGCAGCCGGAGAACACGGAAGUGAUGAACUUGUUGGGAUUGGCAUUGCUGAGAAAAGGGCAGGUUCAGGAGGGAUUCGUCCAAUUCGGUAACUGUUUGGCAUACGAUCCAACGAACAGUUCGGUGAGAAAUCAAAGAAUAUAAAAGAGAGAAGAGUUGAUCUGCAGGCCAUCCUGACAAUCGGGUCCAUCAUGCAAAACCACAAGGAUCAUGACGUGGCACUGAACAAGUACAGAGUUGCUGCGGACGUUUGCGACUACAACGGAUGUCUCUGGAACAACAUCGGAAUCGGACUGAUGGCCAGAAACAAACCGGCCGCCUCGCAUUCCGCCCUCAAGAAGGCCGCAUUCAUAAACCCUCUCAACUACAAGUAUCCUCUUAUCAUUUUCAUUAUAUUCGUUUCCCUCCCUUUGCUUCAGAAUCAGCUACAACCUGGGCGUUCUUCACGACAUGAUGAAUCUCCGCUGUUCGGCGCUUCACUACAUCAAACUGUGCACCGAACUCUCUCCUCAAAACCCGAAAGCCGUCGGAGCAAUGGCAGUGAUUCUCUCUCAUAUGGGAGACAACAAGAACGCGAGAUUGGCGUACAGAAAGUCAAUCGAACUGAAGCCUCUUCCGUCCGUUGUCCGUCAUUUCCCUUCCGUUCUUCCCCUUAUCCAUCCCUGUUUCAGAUCAUCAACUACGCCAUUUUCGAGUACCGCCAAAAGGAUUACAGUGCCUCGUGGAAGGCGCUAACCAUUUACAAAGAGCUUCAAGCGGAGGGCUUCAAAUCGAAACAGGUCAGAACGCUGCAAAAAGCGAACAAACGAGCGAUUUUAAUUGCAGGACGAUGAAAAGCUGGCGAGUCUUCUGGAGAGCGUGCUGAAACAGUACUCGCAUGACGAACCGCCGCCCGCGGAACAACAAUGA